AUGAAGAUAAAAGAGGAUAGAGUUCAGGCAUGGGAUUGGUUUAGGGGUGGACGGGUGUCAAAUGUAAACAAGGUCCAGGAUGCUAGUAGUGAGUGGAGAAAAUUGUACGAGAGCCUGGGUCGGACCAGGGCAGGGACCAAGCACUCAAGUGUCUGA